AUGAGCACAUCACACCUGCGAGGACGGCAACCAGGCCGGCGCGGAAGCUGGCCCCCAGCGCAGGCACUUGGCCUCUUUCUCGUCCAUCUGUGUUUCCUCUCUGCGCCCCACAUGCCAGGCUCCCCCGCCACGCCCCAGCGAGGAAGGGGCGGCGACUCUCGGGGCCGCCCGCGUCAGCAGCAGAGCAGCAGGUCGCCCGAACCCGCCGCCAGCGCGGCCUCGCCCCUCCCUGCCGGAUCUGGGGUCCGCCCGCCUUACCUGCCCUCGCGGCCGCUCCGCGCCACCUCAUCUCAGCUUCUGCCGCCUCACGUCGGCCGCCCGCUCGCGUCACCUCACCUCAGCCCCGGCCACCCCGCAUCGCCUCACCUCGGCCCCAACCGUCCUGAGUCACCUCACCUGAGCCCCGGCCCCCCCGCGUCGCCUCACCCCAGCCCCGACUGCCCCGCGUCGCCUCACCCCAGCCCCGACUGCCCCGCGUCGCCUCACCCCCGCCGAGCGUCCCUCGUCGCCUCACCGCAGCCCGGGCAGCACAACGGCGACGCCCGGUUCGGACCGCAGAAGUGCGGCCCUACGCUGGGCGCCAGGCCCCGCCCCCCAGAGGUCAGCCACGCCCCCAGAGGCUCCGGGAGCCACGCUCCCAGCGGCGGCUGGAUCCCGCGCAGUUCCGUCAUGGAAGGGAGGCGCCCUGGAAUCCGAGUCUUGCGGAAGUUCCCCGGGAGACGACAAUGACCGGCCUCAAGGUUCUCCGAGCUCCACUUCUCUCUGGUUCGCCGUUCCCCUGUGAGUCCUACUGUCUCAUAGUUCGGGGCAGAAAAUGGAGCCGUCAGGAAAAGUUCCAUCAAUCACACAAAUGACCCUCAGACUUUGGUGGGCACCGGAAUGAGACUGACCAGGACCCUCACACCUCCCUCCCACGUGUAUUAAAACUGCAAAAUCCCCCGGGGCUUGAGUUUAAAGCUCAGCCUUCUGAACCUGCUCCUUGAGACCCGAAUCAGGGAUUUCUGCAUUGUAGCCAAGAGACUGCUCUUCUCUGUGCUCCUUCCCUGGGUUCUGUUCAUUCUCUCGAUUGGACUGAACCCCACUGCAAAUUUACCUCAGAUUUGAUGCUAGGGAACAGGUAAACCACCCAAACCCUUUGAGGCCUCCAUCUGUCAUCUACGAAAGGAGGAUGAUGGUGAAAGCCCAUGAAUAAAAGUGUGAACUCAGUGCCUAUUG